UGCGACUUCGCGCUUCCGGUUGCAGGUUCUCGCGAGAAGCAGUUGAAUGCUGAGGCGGGACGGGCGGUAGUUGGACUCGGCCGUUGUCAGUUUCGUCACCGAGGGGCGGCGGUGGUUCGUAGUGCACCGGGCCUCAGCAAUACCCGGGGUACAUUUGACAGCACGGAGCAGACCUUUCUACACAAAAAAAUGGAUUCUUUACCUGAGGAUAUGACGGUGCGCACCCUAAUUAAAGGUAUGAUUGCUGAAGAGGUUCCACAGAGCAUAGUGCGUCCAGCGACACACAGGUUACGGAAAAAGACAAGUACUCCCAAAAGGCUCAUUGACGUCUCUGUGCAACAGUCUCCAACUAUGGUUCUCCGCAGUCAAAUGAAAGCGAAGGUCAGAAGUUGUCGGCUAACUGAUGCUGCUGAAAAGGUGGCUGCGCAAUCAUCAAAAAAACAAACAACUGGAAAGAAUUAUCUCGGACUGAAGAAAACGAAGACUGUCAGAGCAAUCUCUCAGGAAGCUUUAGACGAUUACACACCAAGAAGUCUUCUGAAGAAAUUCAUGCAGACUGAGCUGGAAUCUUCCCUGGUUAAGGUAGCAAAUCCUACAAUGAAAAGGUCUGUGCAAAAGAAAUCUCAAUCCAAGGCAAAAUUGUUAUCUUGCAGUAAUAACAGCUUUGGUUUAAGUUCGUCCGUGGAAGAUGCCACAGAGCAGAGUUUGCCUGUUGACCGUACAAGUCAAAAACAGAAGAUAAAUGUUUCGGAGUUUGAAAAGGCAACACAAAAAAGUCUUCAACAAACAGAGGAAUCCCAACAAAGUGAACAAGUGGAACAAUGUGACAAGAGCUCAAGACUUCCAGACAUCUCGACAAUAGUUGGUUUAAUUAAUCCUGACUUUGAAGAAUCCACAACAAAACCCAUUCUUUGUAGAAGACCAAUAAAACACAAAGUUAUAAAUGAGAAUGACUUUGAAGAGGGCGUACAUAAUUACCUUCAACAAGGAAAAGAACUGGAAGAAGUUGAAAGAAUUGAACCAUUUGAAAAGACUUCAGGACUGACAGACAUUUCACGAAUAGUUGGAUCAAUUAAUUUUGACACUGAUGAGUCUGUGUCAAAACCAGUUUUGAGCAGAAGACCAAGAAGAGACAAACUCAUCAGUGAGGAUGACUUUGAAGAAGGAGUACUUUUCUACUUGCAACAAGCAAAAGAGAAACCGCUCCCAGAAGUGCAGGACACAUCAAGUGACAGCACCGAGAAAGAGAAAUCCAGUGCGCACACUCAGCACGAUGAACUUGCUGCUACUGAACUGUACACUUCACCGUGGCCAGCAAAAAGUAAUAGUAUGAAGGCUGUUGCAACUAACGCUAAAGAGAUGAAAAAUGCAUUUGAUUUAAACUCUCGGCUUGACCUGGAAAAAACAACUGAAUUAUCAGUGAGAGUUGAAGAAGAAUCUGUAAAGGUGGCCAAUUCACGAAGAGCCAGCUCUCACAGUCUCUUUAAAGAAAAGAAUUUGUCAGAUACAGAUCACCAAAUAGUGUAUGCUGCAGAGAAACAUGUUGAAGAUCUUGCUACGGGUGAAGAAUCAAUGGAUCGUGAAUUCAAGGUGGUCACGGAUGCUGGAUUGAACUUAAUGCCAGGUGAACAGGAGUCAACCAUAUCACGGCACUCUGAAGGAGUGGAUACUCAUGAAGGGAUGUUAGUUGAUGAAGUGGGUGAUAAAGUGGAAAGUGAUAAAAUGGAAGCUGAAACCACAGAAAGUGAGGGAGUGAAGGAUGAUGAGGUGAAUGACGAGCGAAUGGAGGGUGAUGAGAUGGAUAACGAGCGAAUGGAGGGUGAUGAAAUGGAUAAUGAGCGAAUGGAGGGCGAUGAGAUGGAUAACGAGCGAGUGGAGGGUGAUGAGAUGGAUGACGAGCGUGUGGAGGGCGAUGACGUGGAUGACGAGCAAGUGGAGGGCGAUGAGGCGGCUGACGAGCGUGUGGAGGGCGAUGAGGCGGCUGACGAUGAUGAAGAAGACCCUGAUGAAGUGCCCAGCAGAGAAGAGUUGCCAGACAGUAGUGAAUCUGAAGAAGGUGACAGUAAAGUGAGACUGGCUUUCCAGCAGAGUGACAAGGGAUUCAGAUCCUCUCCAUUACUGACCACACCACACUUUCUCAAGAUAUUGGAUAGCAAAGCACACAAACCACUUGUAAAAGUAAGGCAGAAUCCAAAAAAAACAACCAAAGCAAGAAAGAAAACCAGUUUGCCAAGCAGCUUUGUAAAGUCUGUUUUUACUCACUAUGCCAAAAUGAGAGUGAAGAAGGAAACAUUUACAGUAGUUGAACAAUGCUUGGAAUUAUAUUUCAAACAGCUUUGUGAUGAUGUUGAUAUUUAUAGCAAACAUGCUAAAAGAAGAACUAUUGAAAAAGAAGAUUUGGAACUUCUAAUGAAAAGGCAAGGAUUUGUGACUGCAAAGAUGCCCUUGAAUGUACUGAUAGAACGCCACCUAUCUAUGGAAUGCAGAGAAAAACUAAUUCCAAUGGCUGUCAGUGGGAGUAAGAUAAUUCCCAAUAAGUAACAACCACAUACGUAGAGUGUCUCAUCAAAUCUAUUGCUCUUACUUGCCAGGCCAGAAAUUACAGCUCUAUGUAAGUGGAGAUAUUUCUCUUUUAAUGAAGCCCCUAAUGUAAAAAUUUAUAGCCGUUCUUAUAGACUUCCAUGAGCUCUGAUUUGUAGGGUCUCUCUGCUGAGGAAACCAUGCUGUAUUAGCAUUACAUUUAAUCCAUGGAUCCUAUCAACAUUAAAGCAAAUAUUCUUGACUAAAUAAUUUUUAAUGAUAAAGUAACAGAAAGAUUUGAAGGGAAUUCAAUGGAUAUUGUCUGUACGGAUCUUAAAGCAAUUGACAAAAUACCACGGUUGAUAAAAUCAGGAAAAAAACACUGCUCGGAGAAAAGAUCAAGGUUUUGGAUAGAAUUCACAGAAAAACAGCAGCUGGAAUUUUAUAGAAGUGAAGCGGUGCAUUUUGGCAGAAGGGAUAGGUAUAAACAUGGACUUAUUGGCAGAGUUUUAAAAGUGCACAUGAAAAAAAACCCUGGGGUUUUUAAUGUACACACAUCCUUUAAUGUACAGACAUCCUUAAAGGUGGCAGUUUACAAAGCAGAUGGUAUCUUGGACUUCAUAAAUAGUGGUAUUGAGUACAAAAGCUGAACCUUUACAAAGUUCUGCACAUCAGACUUUAGGAAGAAUAUGAAGUUGUUGAGCAGGUAAGAAUAUUUACGAGAAUGGUUCCAAGUUUAGCUGUAAGAUCAUGGAGGAGAAGUUGGUGCUUUCCUGCUUGGAGCUUAUGAGAUUGGUUUAGAUAUAUCUCUACCAUAUAUUCCAAUCAUUUAGUCAUAAUGUUAACAAAAAAAAAUUCCGAUUUAUCUGAUGAUUGGUCAAGGACUAAGACUUAAGGUUUUUGGUGAGAUGCACAAGGAACAUGAGGAAUGUUUUCAAAGCAGUGAGUGGUAAUGUGUGUACUCCAAGGUUGGAUAUUUUGCAAUAAUCUACAAAGGAAUCUUCUCACUAAUCAGCCAAAUAAUAUGUAUUAAUCCCAAUUCCCUACAUUACCAAUGUGAAUUUUUCUCCUAAGUGACGUGCACAACUUCAUGUAAAAUUGGCAAAUUGUACUCUGGACUUGUAUUUACUAAGCAGCAGGUUGAGACUAUCCAUACAAAAUUAAAAUGUGGAGAGCUUGAUUCAAAACAUAGGUUUAAAGUUAAAAUAUAUUUUACUAUAAUUAUACAUAUAUAACUUGCACCGCAAAGCAAUUUUUCUCAUCAGUACUUUUGCACUCUUAAAAUGUGUUUUGUAUUAAAAUAUUACUUCCUUGUAAUAAAUGUAGGCAGUCUUAAAAUAGAAAAUCUUCACCUCUAGAUUUGAGUCUGCUGUUCCUGACUUGGCAUGACCAAAAUUUGAGAACAUGUUGUACAUUUUAGAUAAAAAUGUUGUAUAAUUAGUUAAGAAAAGUAUGCAUCUCCUUCAACAAAACUUUAAUUAAAAUUUAUUUAACCAUCCUACUUGAGUAAUAUUUGAUUUCUCAUUACUCGUGUCUCACCCAAUAACUGCUCAAGUCCAUUAGAAGUUCCUGUGUAACUUCAGAUAGUAAACCAAGAAAACAUGGUAAAUUUAACUAAGCAAAUAACAAUGUUAAUUUCGACUGUCAUUUGAGUUAAGGUAUUCUAUUUCUGCAAAUGUCAGUUGUGAUUCCUUGACAUGUCCAUUGUAUUUCAUUAUUCCUAGAAUGCACUGUAAUAACCUGUACAUCUGAUCAAACACGUGUUUGUUUCUUUUUCACAUGCUAUGGAAGAUUUCAGUCUUUUGAUUAAUUAUAAUGUUAAUAAUUCUGUAAAAUGCACAAUAAAGAUGUCAACUUUUAAAACUGAA